AUGCCUCCAAAACGAUCUAGACCAGCGGCAACCCAGGCCGGCCAUGUGCUACCUUCUGGGCUUACAGAAGCCCAGCUUCAAUGCUUCCACCUGCUCCGUCUCAGCGGAGACACCGCUGCCGCGUCGGCGGUUCACACCGCAGCAACGCAAGCCCAAGCCUGCUUCUCUGCGCCUGCAAGCUACACGACAGGAGGAUCCAUCGCGGUUGUGGAGCGCCCGAAAGGGGUUGGCUCCAGCUCGCGCCCCACGGCACCAGCCAGGCCCGUACCAGCACAGGCGCCAACAUCAGAACCAGAGCAAACGUCUGUUGUGCGCCGCAACGGCCAUGUUCUUCCCACGGUCAUCGUCGAGCUCCCUUCUCCCCGCCGCUUGCGCUCCUCCCUUGGCCGUCCCAACGCAGUCAUCGCUGUGGCACCAGCUCCAUUUGCUGGCCCCGUCACGGCAUCCUCUCUUGUCCCUGCUCUGACUCCUCAAGUGCCUUUACAGCACAUUCCACCAAAACGCGGGCGUGGACGUCCUCGAAAGCAUUCCUUGCCUGUUAUGCAUGUUGGCCAGUCUCAAACCCCGGCAACAACCGGCGCCCUCCCCAUCCCGGCAGCACCUCCACAUGGGCACCUCGGGCCAAGCCUUCGCCUUCGCCUUCGCCAGCGCGUACCAGAAGCUUCAAGGGACCACCCUUCCUCGACCUCUUCGAGCGCCAAGAGUCGCGUGCGCCCAGCCAAAGAUGGCGCCGCCGCGGCCCGCAAGGCUCCUCGUUUAUCAGCCCCAGGUCGUCUGACCACCACUGUCCCGGCCGUGGAUGCUGUAGGUCCCAGUGGCUUUUGCGGCCCCACAGCGAGUCCUGUGACCGGCCCUAGGCCAGUUCCUGCUGCUGUUGCCGCGCAACUGCCAUCGCCAGCCCGUUCUGGCGUUGACAUUGUGCGCGGCUUCAUGGACAAGAACAAGCGGCCACGGCUAUCAGAGUCGGAUCUGCUCCUGUUCCACCAGCGGCAUGCUGGUGUCGACAUCGCCCCUGACACCACGGACAAGGAAAAGAGGCCAGCAGGUGUAUACCAGACGCGCUCUGGUGUCGACAUUCAUCGUGAACAAGAACAAACGGCCACGGGUAUCCGAAUCGGAUCUACUGCUGUUCCACCAGACACAUCCCUUGGGUCCUCCGCCGGUUCCAGCACAGGUUUCACAGCAACCCUUAUUACCAGUCACCGCGCAAACAAUAGGUCAACAACAAUCUACCAUGUCCAUGUCGUCGCCAUCGUCAUCUGCACUGGCACUCGUACCAUCGUCACCGCCUUCCGAGUUCUCCUUCCUGGUGCCCUCAUCUCCUCUGUCCAGUAA